AUAAAUUAAGCACAUAUAUAGUAUGAAAAUUAAGAUCAAGUGAUGAAAUUAGUUAUGGUGGUAUUGAUGAUGAUCAUAUUGUUACAUGAUCAUAAUUAUGGUGUUAAUGGAGAUUCACAACCACAAGUACCAUGCUUAUACAUAUUUGGUGAUUCUUUAUCUGAUAAUGGAAAUAACAACAAGCUUCCAACAUUGAGUAAGGCUAAUUACAAACCUUAUGAGAUUGACUUCUCUAAUCCUAAUGCUAAUUAUGCUAUUAGUCCAACCGGUAGGUUCACCAAUGGCCGGACUACCAUUGAUAUAAUUGGUCAACUUUUAGGGUUUGAUGAUUUCAUACCACCCUUUGCCAAUACUACUGGCUAUGACAUAGUCAAAGGUGUAAACUAUGCAUCUGGAGGUUGUGGAAUUCUUCCAGAAUCAGGCAAAUAUUUGGGUGAAUGUAUUAGCCUGGACAAACAAAUAGACAACCACCAAAUUACAAUCUCAAAAAUAAAAAAUAAAACAAAAAAUGAUUACUUAAAGAAGUGCUUAUAUCAUAUUACAAUAGGAAAUAAUGACUACCUUCAAAACUACUUACUCCCUACAAUUUAUAAUACAAGUCAUCUUUUUACUCCUCAACAAUUUGCUGAGCUUCUCAUCCAAAAAUAUGAAGAUCAAGUUUUGAGAUUGUACAGUAAUUCUAGUGCAAGGAAGGUUGCUCUUGUUGGAUUAGGGCAACUAGGAUCAACUCCAGCAGUUAUUGCUUUAUAUGGAAUAAAUGGUAUAACAAAAGUCAACCAAAAAGUUCAACUCUUCAACCAAAAUCUCAUAUCACUUGUUCAUAAACUUAAUACCAAAUUUAGUGAUGCUAAAUUUAUUUAUGUCAACAAUUAUGGAAUACAAUCUGGUGAUCUUUCUUCUCUUGGACUCACUAACGUAUCCGAAAGUUGUUGUGAAACAAAUAAUAUUGGUUUAUGUAUUCCUUCAAGUACUACAUGUGAUAACAGAACAUCGUACGUGUUCUGGGAUGAAUUCCACACAACUGAAACCCUAAACAAAUUUACUGCUAACAGAUCGUAUACUUCUCUUCAUGCUUCAGACAAUUAUCCUAUUGAUAUCAAACAUCUUGCUCAACUACAAUUUUAAAACAUCUUCAAAAGAGUACUAUAGAAGUUCUACAUUAAUAUUAAAGGCUUUGUCAAAUUGACCACAAGAUAUGGUAUGAGUUAAUUUAACACAUAAUAAAUUUUAUCUAUUUCAUUUACUCUUAAUACACUCUAAUUGAUACAUCAAUUGAAAUUUUACCAGCAAUAUAAUAAGGUAGCGCUUUAUGAA